CCUGCCACUCCCGAACGCUACUCAACGUCCAAGGAAUUCCAUUCACUCACCCGCUCGCUGCCCCCAAACACACGCCUUUCCUCCCCCAUCAAUUCCUCGCCAUUUGCGCGCCUCUCCUCCACCGCACCCUGCCCCGUUCCGCGUGCAGAGUGUCGCAGCGACCGGCCACCUCUGCUCCCUCCCGACCUGCACAGCUCCAGAGCUAGCUGCCGCCGCAAAAACACAAUGGGCUCCGCUUCGCUGCUCGCACGAGCUUCCCGGGGAGUCGCAACACGGGGCGCAUGGACACAGCUAAAGACACAACAUGCCUCGAGCAGAAUACCUGCCCUAUCGGCACUGGCCCGCUACUAUGCCUCUAAAUCUUACCCGCCGCAUACCAUCAUCUCCAUGCCCGCCCUCUCGCCUACCAUGACCGCAGGAAACAUUGGGGCUUGGCAAAAGAAGCCCGGUGACACCCUCUCCCCCGGAGACGUCCUGGUCGAGAUCGAGACAGACAAGGCACAGAUGGACUUCGAGUUCCAAGAGGAGGGUGUCCUCGCAAAGGUCCUGAAGGAGUCGGGCGAGAAGGAUGUCGCCGUUGGCAACCCAAUCGCUGUCAUGGUGGAAGAGGGAGGUGAUAUCUCAGCGUUCGAGGGCUUCAGCAUCGAGGAUGCCGGUGGAGAGAAGUCUGCUUCCGAGAGCAAGAAGCAGGGUGGACAAGAAGCAGCAGACGCAUCAGAGCCACCGAACACCGAGGGAUCUGGAACCGCACCACCAGCACCAAAGCAGGAGGCUCCUAAGGCUGUCGAAUCCGAAUCUACUGGCGAGAAGCUCCAGCCUUCGAUCGAGCGAUCGGUCAUCGGACCAGCUCUUGCGAAGCUCGCUCUGGAGAAGGGCGUCUCACUCAAGGAUAUCAAGGGCAGUGGUCCAGGUGGCAAGAUCACGAGGAAGGACAUUGAGAACGCGAAGCCGUCCGCCGCUGCUCCAGCAGUUGCCGGUGCUGGUGCAGCACCAACUUUCGAGGAUCUCGAGGCCAGCUCCAUGCGCAAGACCAUUGCCAAGCGCCUGACAGAGUCCAUGAACCAGAACCCACACUACUUUGUCGCAUCCGCCGUCUCCGUAUCGAAGCUCCUCAAGCUCCGCGCGGCACUCAACUCAUCGGCGGACGGCAAGUACAAGCUCUCCGUAAACGACUUCCUAGUCAAAGCUCUCGCGCACGCUGCCCGCAAGGUCCCAGCUGCCAACAGCUCAUGGCGUGAAGAGAACGGCAAGGUCUUCAUUCGUCAACACAACACUGUCGAUGUCUCCGUUGCUGUCGCUACUCCCGUUGGACUCAUGACUCCUAUCGUCAAGAACGUUACUGGAUCUGGUCUCGAGGCUGUUUCAUCACAAAUCAAGGACCUUGGUAAGCGUGCACGCGAUGGUAAGCUCAAGCCAGAGGAAUACCAGGGCGGCACUAUCACUAUCUCCAACAUGGGCAUGAACGACGCCAUUGAUCGAUUUACCGCUGUCAUCAACCCACCUCAAGCCACCAUCCUGGCAGUCGGUGCCGUGAAGAAGGUUGCCGUGCCAAGCGAGGAUGGUGAGGGUGUUGAGUGGGAAGAGCAGAUCGUCCUUACUGGCUCGUUCGACCACAAGGUUGUCGAUGGUGCGGUUGGUGGCGAGUUCAUGCGCGAGUUGAAGAAGGUCAUCGAGAACCCACUCGAGCUUCUGCUAUAAGCAUUUUCCACGGAUUGGAAAGCAGACAUGAAAUGAGAGGAGCACCAACAGACUAUAGAAGUCAAAGUUGACAGCCCAGGCCAGGACAAGCUGCGGAACAAACGCAGCAGCAGCAGCAGCAGCACACCCAGGCGAAAUUUGCAUCUUGAUUGUGGAAAUGUGUAUAGUGAGCGAAAUGCGACGGAGUCAGACGGGUCUUUCACAGGGGAUGGAUAUUGCAUAUGAGAGCACGUGUCAAGUAUCUAACCCCUCAACUUUUGUGCUUGUUCGUUGAUAGUAGCCCAGGGAUGUACCAUCAAAGGAGCAGAUGACAAGUUGUGUGGAAUUUUCAUGUUCUUCAGUUGCAAGACUUCAA